UUUUCCUCUUUUGAUUUUCGCUUUUUCCGUCCGCUUGACUUCUGCUGUUUCAGACUCUCAACAACGGAGAGAGCCGGAGAGAUUGAAGAAGAAAGGAGAAAUAUUUGCGAACCCCCAAGAAUCGUUUUUGUUGAUUGACUCUCUCAUGGAAAAUCUCUCUCAUUCUCGGAAUCCAAACAGGUCUUCUUCAUUACCUAAGAAACCUUACAAUGGCAAUAACACCACCGGAGGUUUUAGCUACAACUCCGGCAAAACGGCUAAUACAACCACCACUACUACAUACGACGACGUUUUUGGUGGUCCACCUAGGUUCGGAGCUCCGACUUUAUCUCCUCGUCUCGAAGACUAUUGCGAGAUUUUCUCCGGUUUCAACGGCUCCUCACGCGCCGCCGUUUCUUCGAUUCCGGUACUCGAUCUUCCACUUGUUGAUGAUAGAGAUGUCUACUUCGAUGUUCGGAGUCAAGGUUUUGACUACCGUGAAGUCUUCGGAGGGUUUAACGAUCUCGAUUUAGCUCCGUCGUAUGAAGAACUGUUUUUGCAGCAGAAGUCUACUACGGUGGUUGGUGAUGGUGAUUCCUCCGACGAUGCUUGGACUCCUGAGGAAGUAGAGUCAUGCUCAGGUGGUACAGAACAUUCUGGCAAAAGUCCUUGCUUUUCUAAUGGUAGAGACUCAUAUGAUUCCAUUGAUGGAAGUACAGAGUUCAACAUUUCUUAUAACAAAGCUAGUCAGAUAAGCGGCGGUGAGACAAAUAUGUCCUCAAGUGGUGUGAUACGUGUAGCUGAUCUUGGUGCUAUUCCUGGUUACACUGUCGCAGUUGAUGGAACAACAAAGCUUAACAAGGUGACUGGGCCAUCUUCUGUUGGUAGAGGUACAAGUAGAUUUGUCUUUGAAGACAAGUAUUACAGUAGUGAACCUUUUGUUACUGUUUCUGAGAUUGGUUUGAAGACUCAUCCUACUGGAAUACCACCUCCAUCGAGAGCAGCUCCUAUAUUGAAGAGUGAUUUUAGAAGUUCGGCUUCUAAUUCUAAAACCACUGGAUCACAAGGAUCUGUAGAUAGUAGUAGUUCUCCAACGUUCUUUGAUGUAGAGGUUGAUGCUAAUUCAGCUGCUGUGAGAGAAGCUAUGCUAAAAGCUGAGGCAAAAUUAAAAAGUGCAAAAGAGCUGUUAGAAAGGAAGAGGGAUGUGGCACGGACCACCUCAACGCCAUCCUCCACGAAGAAUAGAAUAAAAGAGGAAGGGAAAUCGAGCUAUGCAGCUGGUUUGCCAGUUGUUAAGAGUAAUAUUGAUGUAGCAAGAAAGUCUUUGAAGGAUAAGCGUGGAAGCAAGUCUCUGUCUUCUCAAGGGUCAGCAACCUCUGAUGGAAAUGAUGAAUGGAAAGAAGCUAAUAAUCAAUAUGUUGAAUUGGUGAGAACAGAGCUACCAAGAAAUGCUGAUGAGAACAGUGGUGGAAAAGAUGUUUCUAUUCCUCUUAAUGCUGAGUUUUUCGAUCAGGAGCUGACAUGGGCAGGCAAUGUUGACUGGGAGAAACAACGGAGGAGAGCAAAAGGAGAUAGGGAGGAUCAUGAAGCUAGGAAAUUGCCAAAACACUCUGGAACGAGAAAGUUAUCAUCUAGGCAUAAGAGACAUGAGAACAAGCUUGCUGAAAAGGCUCCUGAAGAGCCAAAGAUUGAGAAAUCGAGACAUGUUGAGAUGGGCAACGAUUUACCUGAUCAUGGUGGGAUAGUGAAACACAGAAAUCUGCUCAAACCAGAAGAAAACAAGCUCUUUACUGAAAAGCCUGCGAAACAAAAGAAGGAAUUGCUCUGUGAAGAGAAAACAAAACGCAUUCAAAAUCAACAGUUGGAUAAAAAAACACAUCAGAAAGCAGCUGAAACGAACCAGGAAUGCGUGUAUGAUUGGGAACAAAAUGCGAGAAAGCUCAGGGAAGCUCUUGGUAAUGAAAGUACGCUAGAGGUUUCCGUUGAAUUGAAUGGAAAUGGUAAAAAAAUGGAAAUGCGUAGCCAAAGUGAGACUAAACUGAAUGAGCCCUUGAAGAGGAUGGAGGAGGAAACUAGGAUUAAAGAGGCUCGUCUAAGGGAAGAAAAUGACAGAAGAGAAAGAGUAGCUGUUGAGAAGGCAGAAAAUGAGAAAAGACUAAAGGCUGCGUUGGAGCAAGAAGAGAAGGAAAGAAAGAUUAAGGAAGCUCGUGAAAAAGCAGAGAAUGAACGAAGAGCUGUUGAGGCUCGUGAAAAGGCAGAACAAGAAAGGAAAAUGAAAGAACAACAAGAGUUAGAAUUGCAGCUAAAAGAAGCUUUUGAAAAGGAAGAAGAGAACCGUAGAAUGAGAGAGGCCUUUGCACUUGAACAAGAGAAGGAACGAAGGAUAAAAGAAGCACGUGAAAAAGAAGAAAACGAGCGAAGAAUAAAGGAGGCACGUGAGAAGGCAGAGCUGGAGCAAAGACUGAAAGCAACUCUUGAACAAGAAGAGAAGGAAAGGCAGAUUAAAGAAAGACAAGAGAGAGAAGAAAAUGAGAGGAGAGCUAAAGAGGUUCUUGAGCAGGCAGAGAAUGAGAGGAAGUUGAAAGAAGCCCUCGAGCAAAAGGAGAACGAAAGAAGGCUGAAAGAGACACGUGAAAAAGAGGAGAAUAAGAAGAAACUGAGAGAAGCUAUUGAGCUAGAAGAGAAAGAAAAAAGACUGAUAGAAGCUUUUGAGAGGGCAGAGAUUGAGAGAAGACUGAAAGAGGAUCUUGAACAGGAAGAGAUGAGGAUGAGGCUGCAAGAAGCCAAGGAAAGAGAAAGACUACAUAGAGAAAAUCAAGAGCAUCAGGAAAAUGAAAGAAAACAACAUGAAUAUUCAGGAGAAGAAAGUGACGAGAAAGAAAGAGAUGCUUGUGAAAUGGAGAAAACCUGUGAAACCACCAAAGAGGCUCAUGGAGAGCAAUCAUCAAAUGAAAGUCUUAGCGACACUCUAGAAGAGAAUGAGAGUAUAGACAACGACGUAUCAGUGAACAAACAAAAGAAAGAAGAAGAAGGGACAAGGCAGAGAGAAUCUAUGUCCGCAGAAACCUGUCCUUGGAAGGUUUUUGAGAAGACCCUCAAAGACGCCAGCCAAAAGGAAGGAACUAAUGAGAUGGAUGCUGACACCAGGUUGUUUGAGAGGAAUGAAGAGACACCACGGCUGGGUGAGAAUGGAGGAUGUAACCAACAAAAUGGAGAAUCAGGUGAGGAAUCCACAUCUGUCACUGAGAAUAUUAUAGGAGGGAAGCUCGAACAGAAGAGUAAAAAUUCUGAAACCUCCAAAGAUGCCUCAGUUCUCAAACGAGUCAGUGGGUUGAAAACUGAAGUUGAAGAAAGAUUAGAAGACGUUGUAGGUGUUGGUCGUGAUCAAAGGAAUCCAGAGGAAAGUAAGUCCGCUCCCAAAACAUCCUAUGGUUUCAGAAACCAUGAAUAUAAAUUCACCCAUCAGCAGGAAAGAGGAAAUAUCUAUGAGACGCAAGCAGGUUUAAAUCAAGAUGCAAAAGUAGAAAGACCAUUGCCUUCUCGAGUAUCUGUGCAACGUGAGAAAGAAGCAGAGAGACUAAAGAGAGAAAGAGACUUAGAGAUGGAGCAAUUAAGAAAGGUAGAAGAAGAAAGGGAGAGGGAAAGAGAGAGGGAGAAGGAUCGAAUGGCUUUUGACCAGAGAGCAUUGGCUGAUGCACGUGAAAGAUUGGAGAAAGCAUGUGCUGAGGCCAGAGAGAAGUCUUUGCCUGAUAAGUUAUCGAUGGAGGCUCGACUUAGAGCAGAACGGGCAGCAGUGGAGAGAGCAACCUCUGAAGCUCGUGACCGUGCAGCUGAAAAGGCUGCUUUUGAGGCAAGAGAGCGAAUGGAAAGAUCGGUUUCCGAUAAGCAAUCUCAGAGUUCAGGUUUCUUUGGUGAACGAAUGGAAAUAUCACUUUCUGAUAAGCAAUUUCAAAAUUCAGUCUCUUUUGGUGCUUCAAGAUAUCAAGAUUCUCAUGGUACUGAAGGUGAAUCGCCUCAAAGGUAUACAUCAAGAUUAGAAAGGCAUCAAAGAACGGCUGAUCGUGUGGCUAAAGCUUUAGCAGAGAAGAACAUGCGUGAUCUCGUGGCUCAGAGAGAACAAGCAGAGAGAAUUAGAAUUGCUGAAACCUUAGACACCGAAGUAAAAAGAUGGUCGAGUGGAAAAGAAGGAAACAUAAGAGCAUUACUCUCAACACUACAAUAUAUUCUCGGUCCCGAGAGCGGUUGGCAACCGUUACCGUUAACAGAAGUGAUAACUUCAGCAGCCGUGAAGCGAGCUUACAGGAAAGCUACACUUUGUGUUCAUCCAGACAAGUUACAGCAAAGAGGUGCAAACAUUCAUCAGAAAUAUAUCUGCGAAAAGGUCUUCGAUCUUCUUAAGGAAGCUUGGAACAGAUUCAACUCAGAAGGACGUUGA